CGCAUCUCCAGUGUGUGUGGAGCUAGCAGGGAGAAAAUGGAGCCUGAUUGAAUGUGAGAGCAGGCGGAAGAAAGACAAGCAGCGGCAGAGGGAGGGCGUUUGCUCUCAGUGAGCAGCACAGCUCGGCUGCUGCAGUCAGGGCAUCAAUUUUAUAUAGGCGUUGAGUGCAGUGCCAGUGUGUUCGCUAGCAUCAGAGCGGAGGCUUCGGCUUCCCCUCUCUCUGCCAGCCUCUUUACUCGCGUCUCGCUCGGACACAGAGUGAUGGGGGGCGAUACGAGCUGUCUCUAUAGGCAUGUCCGAUUCUAGCGCAGCACUGCUCAGCUGCAAGAGUUCAGCUGAUUCCUACACUAGUAGACCAUCGGAUUCCGACCUGUCCCUGGAGGAGGACAAGGAGGCGUCUCGGCGUGAGGCCGAGCGCCAGGCCCACCUCCAGCUCGAGAGAGCCAAGACCAAACCUGUGGCAUUUGCAGUGAGAACCAAUGUCAGCUACUGUGGGGCUCUUGAUGAAGACUGCCCGGUUCAGGGUACUGCCAUCAACUUUGAAACCAAAGAUUUUCUACAUAUAAAAGAGAAGUAUAAUAAUGACUGGUGGAUCGGGAGGCUGGUGAAGGAGGGGGCAGAUAUUGCCUUCAUCCCCAGCCCUGUUAAACUGGAGGCCAUGCGGAUCAAACAGGAACAGAAAGCAGCUCAGAGGAAAAUGGGAGGGAAUGCUUCAUCUGGGGGCUGGAGGUCUACUCCUCCUUCUGCAGCCAAACAGAAGCAGAAGCAGACUGAGCAUGUUCCACCCUAUGCUGUGGUUCCAUCUAUGAGGCCUGUUGUUCUGGUUGGCCCCUCACUGAAAGGAUAUGAGGUGACUGAUAUGAUGCAGAAAGCCUUGUUUGACUUCCUGAAACACAGGUUUGAUGGGAGGAUUUCUAUCACACGGGUGACUGCAGAUCUGUCUCUGGCUAAAAGGCCUAAUAUCAAUAAGAAAGCUAUCAUGGAGAGGUCGAACACUCGCUCCAGUCUGGCGGAGGUGGAGAGUGAGAUUGAGAGAAUAUUUGAGCUGGCUAAAAGUCUGCAGUUGGUGAUCUUGGAUGCUGAUACUAUCAACCAUCCCGCACAGCUUCUCAAGACCUCUCUAGCUCCCAUCAUUGUCUAUGUGAAAGUGUCCUCUCCAAAGGUUCUUCAAAGACUCAUUAAGUCCAGAGGGAAAUCUCAAAGCAAACAUCUCAACGUGCAAUUGAUGGCUGGAGAUAAACUAGCACAGUGCCCUCCAGAAAUGUUUGAUGUUAUACUGGAUGAGAAUCAGUUAGAGGAUGCCUGUGAACAUCUGGCCGAAUAUUUAGAUAUAUACUGGCGUGCCACUCAUCUGCCAGGCGCCGCCCCCCUGAACCCUCUACUGGAGCAAAAUGUAGUUACACCCCCCUCAGCUAACUCUAGCCAACAGUUCUCAGAGACACAGGAGCUAAUUGAAUGAGUACUUCCACAAAUAAGCAGUGACACAGAACAUUCCAGAAAGACCCCCAGAAUAUUCCUCAAAGGCCAGCCACUCACUGCCCCAGAAUGAGACGGGGCUCAGAGCAACUCCCCCCCCACCCCUGAUGAGAAAGAGGAGGAGCGGAGGGAUGGAGAAUGACAUGAGGGCCAGAGGAGAAGUGGACCAAUCCCAGCCUCACUGGCGGUGACAGCACACACCCUUCCGUGCACUAACGCAUGUGUCGUCCUUUACAUCUCAGGACCACUGCUGCAGGCCUUCAGCCAACACACACACACUGGCUGGUAUACACACAUUCAACUGGUCUGAACGUCCCUGCUGAGACCCACGCUGAGAUCAAAAGCGGUUUUCCCUAAAACCCCUGGGUGAUGCCGUCUGUCCGCCAGGUUCUGCCAGCCUGACUCUUAUCUCCGGGGUGAGGCUGGCACUGGCAUCAGAGCAUCCGUACCAUGCCCUAACAAAGAAGAGCACCCCGUGUCACAACUGCCAGUCAGCUCACCACGUCUCCACCUCCUGCAUCGCUUUUGAUUUGUUUUUUAAAGGUUUAUCAAGACCGUAGCUUUUGCCCAGUUCACUUCAUUUAAAUGAUUAGCUCAUAAUUAAUAACCCAAUAAGCUUUAUGUAGCACAACUCUCAAAUUACAGUUGGGACUAUUUGUAACUGAAAAAGUUCUCCUGUUCUCCUUUUCUUGUGUCCUUUUUACUGCAUCUACUGGGAAUCUUUAGUUUUAUAUCAACCGAGGUAAAUCCACUAGUAACUCAUCAGUAUUUACAACCACACUGCACGAAUAUCAGAUCAAUGAAAAGCAGACCACAUGAAUGUUUGUACAUCUUUUGCUCAGAUCUCAGUAUUGCAUUAAACAUCAUAAAACAGUAUUAUUUACUUUGUGGUUCUCUUCUGAUGGGACAACAGCUGAUUUAAAAAAAAGCUAAAUUAUAUAAAUAGUAUGGAGCCCAUGACAUGCAGGGGGGAAGGGGAUAUAUUGUGGCCACAAAUUAAGAAUUCCUUCUCUCGUUUUAUCAAAUUGUGGCCAUUUUAUUUUUUGUAGUAAAUCGUGGCCACACAUUAGGAAUUUGUUUCCAUGACUUAUUACAAGUAAAUCGUGGCCACGAUACUAAUUUGUUUAACUAAAAAAAGGGAACAAAUCAGUACAAUGUGGUUAUGAUUUAGUAAAAUGAUGGAACAAAUUAUGUCGUGCACACUAUUUACUUACAUUCUCUAGGACACAUUUCUCAAUAUGUGGUCAUUUUUUCAAAACUAACCAACUUUAAGCUUGGAACACAAGAUAAUUAACUUCACAUUCAAAAUGCACUAAAACACUCUCAAAUCAACACUAACACUUGCAAAGCUUUAACCAAUAAACUCACUUUGUCACUCAUAAAACACUAACAACCGUUAGCAUUGUACUGUUUAUAAUUCACGGCAGUACGUUACUUAGUCCAUGUUUACAUUACAGUUCGAAAGUUUUCCCUUUGUUUGGAUGGUAAUGAAAUUGAAAGGCGAACAUGUGUAGGUAUAAUCGAAUUACUUUGAAAGUUUUUCAUUUUUUUUUAGAUUCAGAAUAUAUUUCAAUAUGGAAUUACUGUAGAAAUAUAGCAAUUUUCUUUUAUUUAUUUUUGAAUUAGUAAAACAUGCUGAA